AUGACCAGUCGGUUCUGUAUACUCCUCUUGUUUCUCUUGUCUUUUUUUGUUCCAUCAACGAUUGCUCUCAAAUUGAGUCAUCACGAACAAAAGGCUCCGGAUGAAGAUCUUGUUCAUGGUGAGUUACCCGGAUUACAAUUAUAAGCAAAUUUUGGGAGAGUCAAGGCUUCGAUUUUGACAAAAUCGCACAAUUUUUCAACAAUAACACAUGUCCUUUUGAUCAAAAUUUUCAAAGGAUAUCUCAAAAAAUUAUCGUUUCUUUGGCCAUCUCUCCUCGUUUCGCAUAGUAUUUUGUUUUAAAAGGCUUUUCUCUAAUUUCUCUGACUUUUUAAAAAAUUUGCAGUAUGUGGACUGUCUUGCGAUUUGUUGUGCUCCUUGAAAUGCCUUUACAAGAUUUUCUGGAACAGCAACAUCUAUGGGAAGUGUGUGAGACAUAACGAUUGUGGCUGCUUCUGUCUGGAAAUUGAUCCGGAGAUGGUCAAGAAAAUCAAUGCCUACAAUAAAGCCAAUGGACUCGCAAAUUCUAUUUUCGUGUGA